AUGGCUGCAUCUUCCAUCUAUGCUAACCGUGAUUCGAGGGUUGGACUUAUACCAGUGAAGGAGAAAGAGCCCCAUAUACUGAGUGUUAAGCUGAAUGAUUAUUACAUGUUAUUGAAAAGACAGAUUCUUCAAUAUCAAAGUCCAACUUUAGGCCUGUUCCCGUCAAUUGGCUCAGAAAAAAACACCAACAGAAUCGCACAUGUGAGAGACACCAUUUACUGCGCUGUGGCAGUGUGGUCGUUAUCACAAGCUUACAAGAAGAUCGACGAUGACCAGGGCAGGGCGCAUGAGCUUGGACAAGCAGCAGUAAAAAGUAUGAGAGGAAUUUUACAGUGCUGGAUCAGACAAGCAGACAAGGUAGAGAAGUUCAAAUCUAACCAGAGUCCAGCAUUUGCGUUGCAUUCAACCUUUGACACUUUGACUGGUGACCCAACUUAUAGGGAUGAUGAGUAUGAACAUCUACAGAUUGAUGCUGUAGCAUUAUUUUUGUUAUUCCUUAGUCAGAUGAUAUCAUCCGGUCUUCAGGUUAUAUAUUCGACUGACGAAGUGAACUUUGUUCAAAACUUGGUGUUUUAUGUGGAACGAGCAUACAGAACUCCAGACUAUGGGAUGUGGGAGAGAGGGAGCAAGUACAACAAUGGCAGUACAGAGAUACAUGCCAGUUCUAUAGGGAUGGCCAAAGCUGCCCUAGAAGCUGUCAAUGGCUGCAACUUGUUUGGGGAAUAUGGAGCUGCCUGGUCGGUUAUCUUUGUGGACAUUGAUGCCCACAACAGGAAUAGAACCAUCUUUGAGACUAUCCUGCCGAGAGAAUCCAAUUCAAAAAAUACAGAUGCUUCACUUCUGCCAACUGUUUGCUGGCCAGCCUUCGCCAUUCAUGAAGAGCAAGUCAGACACAGAACCAUAGAUAAAGUCAUCCGUAAGCUCAAGGGCCAGUGGGGGGUUAAGCGCUUCCUGCGGGAUGGCUAUAAAACUGUUAUUGAAGAUAAAAACAGGAAGUACUAUCGUCCCGCGGAAAUCAAGAAUUUUGACGGCAUUGAAUCUGAGUGGCCAAUGUUUUACGUAUACCUGCUGAUUGACAGCAUUUUCAGUGGCAACAAAGAAGAUCAGAAACACUACCAAGAGAUGGUAGACAAGCUGUUGUAUGAAUCUGCAGAUGGUCAACUGCUACCCAUGUACUACUAUGUGCCCAAGCAGUUGAUUGAGAAGGAGAAAGCCAACCCAGGAAGUCAGCUAAAGGUGCCAUCCACCGAGGGCACGACUGCGGGAGUCUUUAUGUGGGGGCAGAGUCUUCUGUUCAUAUCACAGCUUCUCACUGAUGGUCUUCUUGGAAUCAACGACCUUGACUGCAUUCGGCGCCACCUACCAGCCACAGAGAGACCUACAUUUAGUGCUCGCUACUCUAAAUUCCAGGGCUCGGCGCCAGACCUGGUCAUUCAGAUAGUUCUGAUAUCUGAGACAGCCAGGCUGCAGCAGCUGCUGGCCACCUAUGGGAUUGAGACCCAGACCCCGCACCAGAUCGAGCCCAUCCAGAUUUGGUCUCCCAAGGAGCUCACGAAGGCUUAUGAGUACCUGGGCAUCAACAAGAAGUUGGGCAUCACGGGCAGGCCCAGUCGACCUUUUGGUGUCUUAAGUACUUCUAAAAUAUUUCGAGCCUGUGGCAAGACGGUUCUCUGUUAUCCUCUGCUGUUUGAGUUGAGUGACUUUUACCUGGCCCAGGACAUCUCGCUCGUCAUGGAUGACUGCAAG